AGCAGCAGCGGCAGAGGCACAGCCCGCACCAGGAGGGGAGUCGCCGAGGUGCCGAGGAGGGGAGGCGCGGAGCUCCACUGGCUGCGCCGGGGCCCCUACCACUCGCAGCGGACCCUCCGCCAAUAACAGAGGCGCUUUCUUAUGAUGUCAUCAGAAGAGGAGGCCGAAUGCUUCGGGUUGUACGGAGAUAAACUGCUGAAGAAGACAAAGCGCACGAGGCAGCGAGUGGACGCGGGCGAGCCCAGGAACAGCUACUCGUCCAUACCGAACUUCAGUUCACGACCGAGCUUCCUCAGCGGAGGACUGUACGGCGCCAUUUUCAGCCAAAGCCAGCAACACUUCGGCCUGUUCGGGCCGGCGGCGUUCGCGCCCGCCAAGAUGCUCAACGAGCUGCUCGGCAGGCAGGGAGUGAAGACAGACGGAGGCGGCGGGGGCGGCCAGUCGGGCGGCGGGGGCGUCGCCACCAGCGCCGGGCCCGACGUCAUGAUGGACAACAGUGCCGGCGGCGACUCCAAGGGCGCCUUCGACUGCCUCAACGCCACGUCGGUGAUCCGACGCGGGCUCGACGGCGAGGACACGACGGGCGCGGGCAGUCCGCCGCCGGGCGACCUGGCCCACCACAUGCUCAGGGACAUCCUGCAGGGCCGCAAGAAGGACCUCCUCGGUCUCGACCUGCACGACCUGCGCGGAGACCCGGGCUCCCCGGACAAUAACAAUAGCAUCACCAGCAACAACAACGACCUGUUGCUGCAGCUCAAGAACGGCGACGUCACGUCCGAGGGGAUGGGCGACAAGGAAGUGGCCAUGAACGGCAGUGACGGCGAGAUGCAGAGCGGCGAGGAUGAGUCGACGACGGCCGUCGAGGAGGCGCUCAACGAGGUCGCCGGCGCCGUCAGCAAGCAGAUCUCCAAGGAGAUCAAGAAGGAGAUGGAGGAGGCGCUGAACGGCGGCGCGAGCUCCGACACGGAGCAGUCGCUCGCGUCGCCCGCCUCCGACUCCGGGAAUCGAGGGAAAGACGAGACGGAGAGCGACGCGCAAUCCGGCGACAAGGACGGCAAGGACAAGGACGUCCCGUCGCCGUCUUCGGGGCAACAGUCGCAACAGCAGCAGCACCAAUCCACCAGCACGACGCCGAACAGCCAGCACAAGCCUUCGGAACAUAUGGCCGAGCUGAAGCGAGCGCGUGUGGAGAACAUCGUGUCGUCGAUGCGGUCGAGCCCUGUGCCGAUCGCGGUGAACGGCUGUAAGAAGAGGAAGCUGUACCACCCUGUCCAGCACGAUAGCAGCAGCCAGCAGCAGCAGCAGCUGCACCUGUCUGCAGGGCUGGGACUCCUCAUGGACGAUGAAGACGACCUGUUAAUCGAACCGCCGGAGGUGCGCCAGAAGCGAGUCGAAAAGAACGCCCUGAAGUCGCAGCUGCGGUCGAUGCAGGAGCAACUGGCCGAGAUGCAACAGAAAUACGUUCAGCUGUGCACGAGGAUGGAGCAGGAGUCGUCGGAUUGUGCCGACAUGGACGACGGAGGUAGCGACUUGGACGCGGACGCGCCGAGCCCGACGCCGCCGCCACCCCCGCCUCCGCCACCUCCGCCCCCGCCGCCCCCACAGCAGCAGCAACUGCCGCAAGUGAUGCCGCCGAUUCCCAUGACUGCUGUCCCGCAGCAGCAACCUCUGCCCCCGGUCGCUAUGCCGCAGCAACCCCCGGCGAUGCCUCCCGUAAGCGUGCCGGAUAAGAACGUGACUCCCAAGCCGUGCUCUCCGGCGAACAGGUUACCCGUUCCCAAAAUGGGACAGCAACAUCAUAUGAUGCAGACAAUGAACGGCGGCAUGCCGAUGAUGCACCACCAACAACAACAACCACAGCAACAACCGCCGCAGCAGCAGCAACCGACGCCGCAGCAGCAGCAACAAAUGCACGAGGGCCACCCUCAGAUGGCGCAGCACCACCAACACCACCACCCCCUCAGCAACGCCGCUGCCAUGUACCUGGGCGUCAGCCACAAGCUCUUCUUGGAGCAGGAGAGGAUGGCCAAGGACGCAGCAGCGGCGGCUGCCGUGGCGGAACAGCAGCACCACCACCACCAGCAACAACAGCAACAACUCGCCGCCCAGCAGCAGCAACAACAACAACAACAGCAGCAGCAGCAGCAGCUGGCUGCACAGCAGCACCAUCAGCAGCAACAGCAACAAGCUGUCGCACAGCAGCAGCAGCAGCAGCAGCAACAGCAGCAACAGCAGCAGCAGCAGCAGCAACAACAACAACAACAACAACAAGUUGUGCAGCAGCAGCAGCAGAUGAAGAGCUCUGCUGUCUCGGCGGACUUUUCUGAACGCUUCACCAUGUUCCGCAACAGCGUGGCCGCCGCCCCAGUGUCCGGCGCCGAUCUGGAGGGCCUCGCGGACGUCCUCAAAUCGGAGAUCACCGCCUCGCUAUCGAGUCUCAUCGACUCGAUCGUGUCCCGGUUCGUGCAGCAGCGGCGUUUCAAGCAGUCGGAAGCAGCGGCUGUGGCCGCCGAGCAGCUGAACAAGGACCUUCUGCUGGCGUCGCAGCUACUCGACAGGAAGAGCCCCAGGACUAAGGUCAUCGACCGUGGAGGUGGCGGCGGUGGUUCGGCGCCAGGCACGCCCCGCGUCAACGGCACGGCGUUCCCCAGCAUGGCGAUGACGCCGCAGUCGGCGGACGGCGGCUUGGCGGGCAUGGCGCCGCAGCAGGUGGGGGCGGCGGGCGGCCAGCAGCAGGCGCCGUCGCACGUGCGGCCGUCGCCCACCGCCGCCAUGUUCGCCACCCCCAAGGCGGCCGCGCCCUGGCUCGCCGGCCCGCCUCACGUCAACCCCUUCUGCGGGGGCGGUGGAGGCGGCGGUGGCGGCGGUGGCGGCGCCGGGGGCGGCGACUCGAGGGACGGAGUACCCGAACAGAACGAGGCGCUCAGCCUCGUGGUCGCGCCCAAGAAGAAGCGGCACAAGGUGACGGACACGCGGAUCACGCCGCGCACCGUGAGCCGCAUCCUGGCGCAGGACGGACCGGACCCCAGCAAGUACGGCGGCAUGAUGGCGCCGGGCCCGGGAGCGGGCGCCGACUCGCCGCCGCCGCAGCCGCCGCAGCAGCCGCAGCAGGUGGGAGGCGUUCCUCCGCAGGCGGUGUCGCAGCGGCCGUACCACCCCCCACCCCCGCCGCCCAUCAUGCCGGUCUCGCUACCGACCUCUGUGGCCAUCCCAAACCCGUCACUGCACGAGUCGCAGGUCUUCUCCCCGUACUCGCCCUUCUACGGAGGACAGCAGCAACAGCAACAGGUGUCCGGCGCGCAGGCGGGCGGUCCCGUGGCGGUGCCGCCGGUGCAGUCGGCGGGCCAGCAGGCGGUGCCGGUGCCGGUGGGCGGCCCCGGGCAGGCGGGCCCCGGCGCGAUGCACCUGGGCGGCGGCGCGGGCGCGGGCUCGCCCCCCGGCGGCGCCGUGGCGGGCGCAGAGUCGCCGCCGCUGCCGCCCCCGCACCCGCAGUCGCUGCUGCACCCCGCGCUGCUGGCGGCCGCGCAGCACGGCGCCUCGCCCGACUACUCGCACCUGCGCGCAGCCUCCGACGCCGUCGACAGGAACUCCGACUGCAACUCCGGCGAGGGGCCCUACGACGGCAUUCAGCCUACAAUAUCCUUUUGCUCCAAGCUGUACGUGAACUCGUCGACGUUGACGCCGAUGCACCUGCGCAAGGCGAAGCUGAUGUUCUUCUGGGUGCGCUACCCCAGCUCGGCCGUGCUCAAGAUGUACUUCCCAGACAUCAAGUUCAACAAGAACAACACGGCGCAGCUCGUCAAGUGGUUCUCCAACUUCAGGGAGUUCUAUUACAUCCAGAUGGAGAAGUAUGCGAGACAGGCGGUCAGCGAAGGCAUCAAGAACGCAGACGAUCUCCAUGUGGGUGCAGACUCGGAGAUCUACCGAGUCCUCAACCUGCACUACAACAGGAACAACCACAUAGAGGUCCCCUCGAACUUCCGGUUCGUGGUGGAGCAGACGCUGAGGGAAUUCUUCAAGGCCAUCCAGGGCGGCAAGGACACGGAGCAGUCGUGGAAGAAGUCGAUUUACAAGAUAAUCUCGAGGCUGGACGACCCCGUGCCCGAGUACUUCAAGUCGCCCAACUUCCUGGAGCAGCUGGAGUAAGCGCGUCCGCCCGCUAACACCGAGGACAGCCCCAGCCGGUGCCCUGGACGGGCGCCGCCCCGCUCCACUCCUGCGGCCGCCUCACAAGUCUCCCCGCCCAGCCUCCGCGCGGGCAGACUCGGCUGCAGUCCUCAGCGUCGCUCCGCGUCGGCUGCAGGACCAGCCGGCUGGCGACGCAGGAGUCACCAGGACGCUCUCCGCUUGCCCCGACGGUGCUGCCGCAUCCGAGGACCGCGCCCUGCUCGUGUACAUAAAGGAAGACCACCGAGGCGUACGACCGCCGCCGCGUGUUGCCACUGUGUAAAGCAAUUACUGUGGUACUGUCUUCCCUUUUCGUGUAUGUAAAACCAAGAAAAGAAAAAACACAGACAGAAACGUACGAGGGAAGAAGACAAACACUUUGGCACGGGGCGGACACGCCAAAAAGUCACGUGUGGUACCGAUACGACCAAAGAUAACAAAAGAUCCUUUAUAGAUAAUUAAAAAACAUGAGUUUGUUAAUUUGUGCUAGUCGUUGAGUGAUGUGUUUGAAACGAGUCGUUGAACACUCUGUGCGAAACGCCAAAAAAAAAAGUUGUUUUUACCUUCCUCUCUCACGGACUCGGGAAGUUGCGUCAAAGUUGCUAUUGUUAUAUAAGUUGUAAUUAUUAUUAUUACAAUUGUUUGUGAACCCCAUUGCGGGAGGGAUUGCCCACAAGCGCAGCACGUUAAGCACAAACUGUUAGCCGUAGUGACGUCACCUGAUCUCACGCCCGCUGCUUCCGCAAAAGGGCAAUCUGUCACUCUGGCACGUGGGCUGCCCGUGGUUAAACUUCCUAGUCAAAAUCAAGUUGUUUGUCUUAGGUUAAUGCAAUGUUUAUAUCAUGUGGUGCAGUGGAAAGAGGAAAUAACGUAUUCCAGAUCUUUUUGCCUUCUCAUGUUAAAAACGACGGUGUAACUGAUUUUGUGAUAUAUACGCGAUUGAAUUUUGCAUUGAAAAUUUUUAUAACUGCUUUUAAGUAAGAAGUUAAAAAAAACUGGAAUUGUGGAUAGAGAUUUAUGUAAAUUUUCCUCGAGUUGAGAACGUGUUUCAGUGAGGACAUGCAACAUAGGGUAAGGAGUAUUUGUGGACACCAUCUCUGCGACGGCGGAGAAGAAAGACUGUGCGGUGCUGUGCAGUGCAAAAAGAAAACUUUUUUUUUCCUUUUUUCGUAGGGAAAGGGACCAUCGAGUAACUAAAAGAAAUGUGAUUGUUGGAAGAAGGUGGUAAAAAUGUGGAUAAAAGAAUUCCGAACUGUCGUGGAAGGGAUUUAUUAGAAAAAAAAUUAAAAGUGGACUCUCCUCGAGAAAUUGUAAGAACAUUUCAAGAAAUGUGAACGUCAGGCUGGAUAAUGGUAGCAACUGGCCGAUUAAUUUCUCUAUUUUAAAAUAAUAUGCAUACAAUUCUACUGCCGAUUGUAUCAAUAGUAACUUCACGAACCACAAUUUACAGUUACCUUCAGUGCAAUCUUCGUUUCCUAGUUGUAUACUUGAGUUCCAACAGCUCUCGUAUGGUAAUGCUUUCCUUUUUAAAUGAUUGUCUUCGUUAAAAAUAAAAAAAAGGUACUUGGUCGCUGAACAGGGGCAAGGGGGCCCCAUAGAACGACACUGCUUCAGGCCGACCGAUCCAUUCUGUCAGGUUACAAAUUUCACCACACUACGCUGCCAGUGUUUAGGGAAAAAAAAUUGGGAGAGAAAGAGAGAGAGAUAGAGAGAGGGAGGGAGAGCGAGGGAGAGGAUUCAGGGAAAGAUAGAAGAUAUAGUAUAUGUAUAAAUAAAAAAAUUAUAUAUAGAGAGAAAGAGAUAAAUUAUGUGGUAGGGAGAUGUGGAGAUGGGUGUAACCUAAGAUGGUGACGAGGGAGAUGAAGCAAAAAGAAACCAAAGUGUCCUUUAAGUUCCGGACUGAUGAGACCGCCAACUGUUUACCGUAAAUAUGGCGUCUCAGCAGUUCUGGUACCUAGUCAUCACCAAAAAAUGAUCGUAAACAAACUAUCAACAAGCCAGAAGCACAUACAGUAUCCAAACGACAGGUGAUCACUCACACACACACAGAAACAACCACACACACACAGAGCUUUGACAGUGGCGGUACUCGACGCCGUCCUCGCAUCGUAGACACAUUCACACACACACGCAGACACACACACAUACGCAGAGCCGAGUCGUUGAUCGCAGUAUCGCCGCUCCUACGCAGUGUCCUAACCCCCUCCCCGGGCCGCCGCGAGCUGUUGCGCGCCUCUUAUUGUAUUAAAAAAAAAAACAAAAGCGCUUCUUGCAAAAGAAAAAAUGUUGCCAGUGCAUGUACUGGGAUUUUUUACGUAAUAGUUUUGUUUGUACUCUUUUUUCCCAUAGAAAAACUGACAUUGUUGACUCCUAUGGUGAUUGUUACCCCCUGUAGUUUUUACCGCUUCCGAUGGUUGUUGUAGCAUUUGACAGGGAGCUAACCCUUUACAAGGUGGUGGUAGCGGUGAGGAAUGUUUUCUCUCGUUGGGUUCGUCUGAAAUACAGCGGAGGUGGCGCACCCAACUAUACCGGACUAAUUUCGCGGUUACUUUACAGGUACAACACUACAAAUAACACAUAUUAUAGACAGCCGAUUCUGUUACUGUUGCAGUGCAGACCAUAUGAACAGACUUUAUUUCCCGAACGCAACAAUUUUUCAAAUGCACACGGACCAUUUGGACCUACAAACCUCUUCCCCAUUUUUGUGUGUCAGCGUUCUUAUUAUCAACGGUGCAAUAUUUUACUUUUUUAAAUUCAAAAGACCUUGGUCCCCAGCCUUUGAUAGCGAUACUUAUAAAAACAGAUUUGGCAAGUUUUAUUCCUGUGUUUAAAAAAUACCUUUAUCGUUUUGCAAUGAAAGAAAAAGAGGUCUCGGCAAUGUUAGGAUCCCCGUUCGAACCUUGUCACAGAAAGUACAAGCUUAUUUAAAAAGCACCUUCGCGCCUUAUCUUUAUGAUAAAAGAGUAAGCGAAAUAAAAUUGUGUGUAAUUUUUACCAAAAUCUGCCUUACAUUCUAUUUUCUUACAGAAAUACCUAGUGUGAUGAUUUGCUGUAGACGAAAAACAGUUCUCACAUGUCUGGGUCUUGCCAUUCAGUACAUCCACGUUUGUUUAGCAGCGCUCUACUACGUAUCACUGGCAACUGCCCCGAGGGUUGCUUCCGCCACUCGUUCGUACGUUCGUUCGUUAUUCAUAAACAGGCUGUUUCACAAUCUUCUAGUCCAUUUCGCAAAAUAGUCAUUCUUUUGAGUGUGAGAUGUAGUAUAUGUAAAACUGUUGGUAACUUUUGAGCGUUAUGGGAUACUUCCUUCAAGUUUGUUGUCUUUUUGUUUAAUAUGAAUAUAUAUAUAUAUAGAAAUAUAUGAACGAGUCGCUAUGCGACUCUAACUGGUGACUUUGAGGUUGCGUUCUACUUUUUACAGUUGUAUUUGAAGCGAAGACAUUGUACAGACAGAAUGGUGGCAUUACUCAGUUGAUGAAACGGCGGUACUGUUUAAUGCCGCUACCGGUUUGUGUUGUUGGCAGCCCUGCCCGGGGAACUCCGCCCCGCGGCCACUCAAUAGAGGACGCUGCUAGCUGGGGACCCCCUACAGUGUUCUCAAUUCUGAAAUAGCAUUUUUGAAACGGAACCAUAUUCACAAUACAGUGCUCGCAAUAGUCUGAAGGCAACUAAAACGAAACUCUCGUCUAAAAUAUUUCUGAUCAAGGCAAAAAAAACUCACUCAACAUACACACAGGGCCAACUCGUCCGAUCUAAAGUGCCUUCAAAAUGUUAAUUUUUUUAGAAAAAAAAGAAAAAAACAGGGCCCUAAAUAGACCAUUCUCGCCCCACCAAAACACUGUACUUGGUCUCCAGAGCAACGCCCUCUUUUCUGUAUCAUUUCGAAGGACCCAAAACGCAAAACUCAAGUUAUUAAGAUUGUUAUGCUGAGAAAUCAAGAUAAUUCCGUUUUACUGGUAUUUUACGCAAGUACCGCAUAUUUAAUUUAUUGGUUCUUAUUUAAUAUUGUAUUUACAGAGGUUUCAUAUGUGAUGCAUGUAAGAAACCGUAUAUCCAUGGUAUAGCAUUACUCUAGAAUGUAGGAAUACAUGAUUAUAAUGAUAAUAAUUA